AUGCGCAAGUGCUUCAGCACCUGCGCGACAAGUCUGAGCCAUGAGAACCCACUAGGUCUCCCCCGAUCCUCCAAGCCACCACCACCUACCAUUCCCCGAGCCCAGCGCGGCCUUCCCGCGAAACGCCCCGUCCCCAAUGUGCGACACACCAUCGCCGUGUCGUCCGCGAAGGGCGGCGUAGGCAAAUCGACGCUAUCCGCGAACCUCGCGCUGUCGUUGUCGCGCCACGGACUGCGCACUGGUCUCCUCGACACCGACAUCUUCGGGCCGUCGGUGCCCACGCUGCUCGGCCUCACGGACCCGUCCAUCUCGCAGCCCACGACCACGCCCUCCGGCCGCCUGGUGCCCUUGACCUCGCACGGCGUCCGGAGCAUGUCGAUGGGCUACCUCCUCCCGUCCGAGUCGGCGCCGGUGGCGUGGCGCGGGCUCCUGGUGAUGAAGGCGCUCCAGCAGCUCCUCUGGGACGUGGACUGGUCGCCGGGCCUGGACGUGCUCGUCCUCGACAUGCCCCCGGGCACCGGGGACGUGCAGCUCACCAUCGGACAGCAGGUCACGCUCUCGGGCGCCGUGGUGGUGAGCACGCCGCAGGACAUCGCGCUCAAGGACGCCGUCAAGGGCGUCGAGAUGUUCAAGAAGAUGGACAUCCCCGUGCUGGGCAUGGUGCAGAACAUGAGCGUCUUCGUGUGUCCCAAGUGCGGCGAGGAGACGAGGGUGUUUGCUGCACAUCCACACUCGCACGGCGGCGGCGGCGGCGGUGCAGAGUCCAAGGCGCGCGACCUCGGCGUGGACUUCCUGGGCGAUGUGCCUUUGGACGCGAGGAUUUGCGCCGACGCGGAUCGCGGUAUGCCCACCGUCGUCGCGGAGGAGGCGAGCGGCGUCAAGGUCAACACACGCUAUUAUGAACGCAUAGCAGAGCAGGUGGCAAGGAAGAUUGGGCUGGACUGGGCUUGA